AUGUUGGACACGACCGCGGUGGCUGCACUGGCUGCCAUGAACGGGACGGACGCGACGAGCGCGUACGCGUCCGCCGUCGCGAGCGCGGUGCGCAACGUCCAGAUGGUCCGCUAUUCUGAGCUCGCGUCGAGCGCCAUCAUCGUGUUCGAUUUUGUCCUCACGUUCGGGGAGGAGGUCGACCUCGUCUGGACCGGCGCGUGGUCGCUCGGCAAGGCGCUCUUCUUCGCGAACCGGUACUACACGCUCUGCACCGUCGCGUUCAACAACUACAUCCUCUUCUCGGACGCGCUCUCGCCCGGCCUCUGUGCCGUCUGGCUGCACUGGCAAGGCUGGACAGGCCUCAUCGCGGUCAUGCUCGCCGAGAUGAUCCUCCUCCUCCGCCUGUACGCGCUCUACCACCUCGACAAGCGCGUGCUCGGGCUCAUGCUCGCCGCCUUCGCGCUCGCGACGGCGGCGAGCGCGACCAUCAUGGGCGCCGUCCUCUCCCGCGCCACCGCGAUCGUGGUGACGCUCCCUACGACGCCACGCGCGAUGCAGACGUGCGCGCCGGCGGGCGUGUCCCCGCGCUUUUACACGUUCUGGAUCCCGAUCAUCGUCUUCGAGGCCCUGCUCUGCGUCCUCGCGCUCGGGCGGGGGUUGCACGCGUACCACGUCGCGCACCCGCCGCUUCCUCCUCCCCUUGGCGCGAAGGCGGAGGCGGGGGCGGGGGGGAGGUCGCGGUGGUGGGAGAGCGGGACGAAGCUCGUGGACGUGCUGGUGCGGGACAGCGUGGUGUACUUUGUGGUCAUGUUCGCGACGUACCUCACGAACGCCAUGGUCUGGUUCCUCGGCUCGGAAUCGGCCCUCGAGGUCCCGAUCGGGUUCAGCGUCGCGUUCGCGUCCGUGCUCGGCAACCGGCUGUGCCUCUCCGUGCGGAGCCUCAUCGCGGGGCCGGGCGCGGACGUCGUGGUGUGCUCCGGCGCCGUCGAGGCGGUCGGGUCCACGUGGUCGGAGGAGGGCGACUCGGGCAUCGCGUUUGCGGAGUGCGAGGUGCGCGAGGGGGAGGGGGGGGAGGAGACAUGGAAGAUAUCGUUGACGGAGGUGGAGAUGCGGCGGUUGAGGGUGCUGAGAGCCAGUCCUUGA